AUGGCUACGCCACUGCUGCUGACCAUGAGUUCUUGGGUCCUAGGGUUGAGUCGAAGGACCAACGAUAGAUUGAUGGAUGCAUCUAGCAAGCUUAGAGUGGAGGAUGUCGAGCUCCUUAAGAUGGUUGGAACUGGGAUGGUGGGUGAAGGAGGACCUUCAAGAUGGUAUACUGAAGAUGUGGCGCUGAUAAAGUUUUUGGAAUGUAUUCAAAAGAAUAAGAUAGAGGCUUUGAAACACUUUGAUAUGAAAAUGGUAAAAGAACGGAUUCUGAAAUUAGAAGGGAUGGUCAUAGAUUACCAUGUAAGUUGGAAAGAGAUCUACUCUGCCCAAUCAGCAUCAAAUGCUUUAUGUGUUCAGCCAUAUCAACAGUGA